UUUGGUUUUUGUGAAGACAAUAACAAACAACGCAAUCGAUUAAAGAAAAUAAUAAAAUGUAAUAUAAAAAAAAAUCUAUAAUGAGCGAAAAUAACUAAGACAGCAUCUCGUAAAUAUUAAAACCAGCAUAAAUUGAACGGAAGUAAAACUGAAUAAUUGUGCAGAGCAAUUAAAACGGCUUACAAAUUGCGAAUGAUUACAGUCUAGUUAUCUUUUCAGAAAAGUGAUUAAGAGCAAUACAAAAGUAAAAAUAAAAUAAAAAAGCGAAAGGAGAUUAAAAGAUUGCUAACUGUUUCAAAAUUUUUAAUGACCAUUUAACACAAUUGUAGAAAGGUACAUAAGUAAUAAUUAACAAAAAAAAAAAAAACAAAAAUUUCUUUACUUACAUCACUGAUCAAGUGUAAAGUAAAUGAUUAUCCACACUAGCUUGUAUGUGUGGGUACAUGUGCGUCUGUUUUCUUUUUUCUAAAAACGCAACGUCAUGAAAUUUGAAAAGGAAAAAAAAUAAUAAGAAAGAAAGAAAAUAAAUAUUCAUAACAUGGUAAAAUUUUUAAAAAAUAUUGAAAUAUUUUGUUUUUGUAGUGUUUUCACUGAGUUCAUUAAGGUUGACAACUUUAUUAUUUCUUCGUGUUUUGUGCUUAAAAUAAUUGCAAUCUAAAUUCGCAUGCACACAUACGCAUGCAUAUACUUGUGCCAACUGCGUUUAACAAGCCCUUACGUGGGAUUUUAUUUAAUGUCCGGCAUAGAAACACAAACAAUCAAUGAAAAACUACAAACUUAAUUUAUUAUAGUUCAUUGUAUGCAUUUCGUAAAUGUUUAAAGUAAUUUAAAAGUCUGAUGAACAUUGAAUAACCUAAAUUGUAAUUUUGUUCUCCUUUGGAAAAUUCCCAAAAGUCUUAAUAUCAUUAAGAUACAAGUUAAAAAAAAAAAUAAAAAAAAAAAUAAAAGUCAAUUCGCGCGAAACAUUGAACAGAAAAAUGUCUGAAAUUAACCACGGUCAAUUAGUCGAGGAUACGGGUAACGAUUUAAACGAAACUAACAACAAUAACGUGGGGAACAUUACUUUAACAACAACAAAUAAAGAAACGGCGAUAUUCGAUUCAUUGGUGGAAUUUGGACCAAAGAGAGACCCCUUGGAAAUAGUUAUACCGUUAACGAUUAUCUACAGUUUAAUUUUUAUAACUGGUUUUAUUGGUAAUAUUAGUACAUGUGUUGUAAUUCGAAAGAAUCGAUCUUUGCAUACGGCCACGAAUUAUUAUCUAUUCAGUUUGGCGAUAUCGGAUUUCUUGUUACUUAUCUCAGGUAUACCGCAAGAAAUAUAUUUCAUCUGGUCUAAAUAUCCCUAUAUAUUUGGUGAAUAUUUUUGUAUUGGUCGUGGGUUAAUAGCAGAAAUGUCCGCGAACGCAACUGUUCUAACUAUAACUGCCUUUACCGCCGAACGUUAUGCGGCCAUUUGUCACCCAUUUGUUGGCCAAGCUAUAUCCAAGUUAAGUCGCGCCGUGCGCAUUAUCAUCUUGAUAUGGAUUGUUUCUGUUGUGACGGCCAUACCACAGGUGGCUCAAUUUGGUCUUGUUACCGUACACGGCAUGGACCAAUGCAUUGUAGUGCGCAUCAUAUUGGAGCAUUCAUUUCAAAUAUCUACAAUAAUAUUUUUUUUUUUUCCGAUGUCCAUUAUAAUGGUAUUAUAUAUACUGAUUGGUUUGCAUUUGCAUCGUUCUCAUGUAAUUCGUGGCGUUGGACAUGGAGGCAACAAAACGCUUUUACGUAAAUCAAUUGCUAGGAAUGGUAAUCCGAUCUUAAGACGUGGUCGUCUAGGUAUGAAAAGUACUCAAAGUGAUACCAUUUUAUAUCGUUAUACGGGUGGUUGUGGUCAAAUUAAGGCAGCUCGUUAUCGCUCAAAUCAAUUUAGUAAUCGUCGAGUUUUAAGAAUGUUGGUCGCUGUAGUCAUUUGCUUCUUUUUAUGUUGGGCACCAUUUCAUGCUCAACGUUUAAUGGCUAUCUACGGAUCGGAUAUAGUAAAUAGUGAAAGCGGCCAUGAGGUGGAACAACAUUUAUUUAUUUAUACUGUUUUGACAUAUAUAUCGGGUGUCUUAUAUUUUUUAUCGACUUGCAUUAAUCCGAUAUUAUAUAACUUGAUGAGUAAUAAAUUUCGUCAGGCGUUUAAGGCCAUAUUAUUUGGUAAGGCAGAGAAUACGCCAAAUCAUUUGCAACAUUCUCUACGCAUCAUAAGUCGUACGACGACUUUAAAGUCAUCUACUCAGAGUCAAGAGGCAACUUUGGAUACUGAAGUACCGGGGAAAAUUUCACUAUUGCAAACUGUUUUAAAUGGUUGUAAAUCAUCUACAGAAAUAAUUCCAUAAUUUUGUAGAUGGACGGGCGAUGUUUUUUUUUUUUUCUUAAUAGCGUAGAAUUAAUUAUAUUUAUUAACACAGCUGUGUCUAAUAAAUCAUUCUUAAUGUAUUAAAUGUGAUCAGAUAUAAAGAAAUCUGAACCGUUUCAAGUUUAGCUAAUAUGUGUACAUAGAGAUACAGUUCUGUCCAUAAGAACUGCUUCACAUUUGAUAUGCACUUUUGCUUGUAAAUUCGUAAAUGUGAAGGUAACUCUAAAAUACUUCCAUAAUCAUUCCAUCUGAGUUUGCCGAAUACGUAAUUACGCGACUUACGCGACUACUAAGUUUGUGUUUGCAGGUUUCAAAUUUCAAUACGGUACAUUUUCGCAGUUUAGUCGCAGUUAUAGAGUGUGGGAAGUUGCGGGUGCAUGCUUGGCUCUUUCCCCGACUUUUCUCCGACCAUCAUCGCAUUAUACGAAAAUAGGACAUGCCUUGAAUGACUGGUCUAUGUUAAAAAAAGAGGUUUUACUUGAAUAUCGAAACAGCACAAUAACGCAGCAUAUCGCUGUGCCGUGCGAAUUCAGACUCAGACUUGAAACUAAUGAUAGCAAUUCUAAUCCGAUGUAUUUGUUGUUCAUGAACCUUUUUGGUAGGAUUUAACGAAUUUUACACAGCCCGUCGCUUUAACUAGUCAACUGCGUAAUUUGUUUUAAAAAUCCUUUACGUAGUGGGUAAUUAAAAACAAGUGUUGACGUCUAUACGCACUGCGAAAAUCAAAGUAAAGAUUUCAGUUUUAUUAAAUAAAAAAUUAUAAAAAUUCAUCGCUGAGAAAGGUAUUAUUUUUCAA